AUGGGAGCUAUCAAUAAGCUUUUAUUAGGCAUAUUCUCCAUAGCCCUAAUCUUAAGCACCCAUGUCUCUCAAGCCAGACCCAACAAAGAACCCCACCAGGACUUCAUAGAUGAACACAACAGAGCUCGAGCUGAGGUUGGUGUUGGUCCAAUCAAAUGGAACGACACCGUUGCAGCCUACGCCCAGAAUUAUGCGGAUUCGAAGAUUGAGACAUGUGAAAUGGUGCACUCACAGGGCCCAUAUGGUGAGAACUUGGCUGAAGGCUAUGGAGAAAUGACCGGCGGGCAGGCUGUGAAGUUUUGGGUGACUGAGAAGCCCAACUACGACUAUGCCUCCAACACAUGCGUUGGUGAUGUCUGUGGGCACUACACUCAGGUGGUUUGGCGCAAUUCGACUUAUGUGGGUUGUGCUAGGGCUAAGUGCAAUAAUGGCUGGAUGUUUGUGAUUUGUAGUUAUUAUCCUCCUGGAAAUUAUAUAGGAGAGCGUCCUUACUAG